AUUCCAGUUUGACCACUUCUGCUUCCGCUGCUGCCUUCGACAUACCUCAAGCGACUGUCAGAGCGAUGGCUCGAGACAAGAGGUUGAUCAUCGGUGCCACUUUGCUUGUCCUGAUCUUGACUUUCACCCUGAUCGCUCAGCUCGCGGAUGAAUCGCAGUUGAAGCCCCUCUCCCAACUCACAAGAUUCUAUGGCGGUUCCGGAUCUGCUCAUGAGCCUAUCGGUCCUAGCGAUGGACUCGAGUCUGUCUUGGGCAACAUAACGCCGGCGGAGGAGGAUGGCUUCACCCUCAUUGCACCCUCAUGGAAGAGGCUCGAUACGCUUCCGGACUGGAUCAAACAUUACGCCAGCGGCGACAUCCCCUCUCUACGUCGCAUGAUUAUCAUCUGGCCAAAAGUCCAAGGCGAUGCGCCAACCAGCCUACUGGACAAUGUCACACAGUCCAACUAUCCGAUUCCUGUGAUUAUCGACCAACGCGAAGUCAACACCCUCAACGGACGCUUCCUGAAAAUCGACGCCAUCAAGACAAACAGCGUGCUCGCCAUGGAUGACGAUAUGUUGUACGACCCGAAAGACGUCGAGUUCGGAUAUCAGGUGUGGCGAGAAUUUGGUCAACGGGAAAGGAUGUCAGGCUUCAUCGCCCGCGCAACAAACAAGGACAACACUGCCUACAAUAUCGGUGGGCUAAAGAGCUACAGUAUGAUCCUCACCAAGAGCGCCUGGUUCCACACCGAUUGGAUGCACGCCUACUGGUCGCAGGACGAGCGCAUGACGCGACUCCGCAAGUACGUCGAUGACCACAUGAACUGCGAGGAUAUCUUGAUGGCAUUCAUUCACGCACAUCAUACCAGGAAAUCGCCCUUAUACGUCAAACCAUACAAGAUGGUCGAUACGGGCAUGAAGGACGGCAUCUCCGCGGCAGGCGACCACUUGAAGCACAGAGCCGCAUGUGUCUCAAAGUUUGCCGAAGAGUUUGGACAGGAUACAUUGGUAUCUUCGGAUGCUGUCUUUCAAAGAAUGCUGGACAAUUAUGGAUAG